CGCCUCCUCCGCUUCGCCGAGCCUACCACUCAACCCACCCCCUUCCCCAGCGGGCCUUCAACGGCCUCCUUUCUUGUCGUUCCCGACAUGCCCCGGGGUUCUGGGCGGCGCCGCGCGCGGCUUCUCUGAGUGGGCCCCCGCAUCAAAAUGGCGGCUGGGGCGCCAAAUACGAUUUCCUUGCCCUAAAGAGGUGGAAGCAAGGACUGGUAGGAGAGGUAGCACCAUGGAUGCCUCAGCCAGUAUGAAAUCGGUCUUGCUGGCCGCGUCCCAGUACCGGGCUGCGCGUACACAGCCUAACGCGGCGCUUUUGCAGAGGAGUCUGGAGGUUAUUUCAGGACUGAAGGUGACAAGAUUGUUUGCAUCAAAUCAAACUUUACCAAGUGAAUGUCUUAGCUGUUUAGUAGAACUCAUUGAUGACCCAAAUACAAGUUCUGAGUUAACCUUAACUGUGGUUGGUUUACUCUCUCAAUUAGUUUCAGACAAUGAGGCCCGAGAAACUCUUCAGAAUACUUACAAUCUGGGUAGUGUUCUAGCAAAUGUGGUUCAUCGAAGUUCUAUCAGUGCUGCUGAUGUGGUGUUACUUCCGAGUAUUCAGCUCCUACAGAAACUGACCUACAGUGUAAGAGUAUUCCAUGCCAGUGCUAACAUUGAUGAAUUAAUUUCAUUUCUAAUGCAUCGUAUUCAGUCCACAGAAGAUGAGCUAACUAUACCAUGCCUGGGACUUAUGGCAAAUCUGUGUCGACAUAAUCUAUCCAUUCAAGCACACAUCAAGUCAUUGACCAAUGUGAAGGGUUUCUAUCGCACUCUGAUCAGUUUCUUGGCUCACAGUAGUUUAACAGUGGUUGUCUUUGCACUGUCAAUAUUAUCAAGCCUUACACUAAAUGAAGAAGUUGGAGAUAAGCUUUUCCAUUCCAGAAACAUUCAUCAGACUUUCCAGUUGAUAUUCAACAUUCUUGUGAAUGGAGAUGGAACGCUGACAAGGAAGUAUUCUGUUGAUCUGCUCAUGGAUCUUCUGAAGAACCCUAAGAUUGCAAGUUAUCUUACAAAGUAUGAGUUACACAGUAACUUUUUUCAGUAUGAACAUUUUCAAUCAUGCCUCAAUCAGGUAUUGGGCCUCCUUCAAGGAAGGGACCCUGAUUCUUCAGCAAAGGUAUUGGAGUUACUUCUUGCCUUCUGUUCAGUACCAGAACUCCGUCAUGUCUUGUGUCAAGCAGUAUUGGAACCAAAUACGGCAAGCUGUGGAAACUCAAAACUUGUGUCUCGGUCCAAGCCUUCAGAGCCAUCUGUUCUUUUAGUGCACUGGUCAAAUCAGCCACUGGAAGCACCUGAAAACUGCUCAACUCUGGCCUUGGAGCUGUUCAGGGAGAUAUUUGAGGAUGUUAUUGACACAGGCCAUUGUGCUAUGGCUGAGCGCUUUGUGGAUCUUCUUUUACCUGUUCUUCUCGACCAUCUUCAUGUUCCAGAUAAUUCUCUAGAAGACCUGUUGCUGAAGAAGAAAUGUGAAAAAAUGAUGAAAGCCAUUGACAUCUUGUUGACCCUUUGUGCAGAUGACAUGUUAAAAACACAUGUUACAAAGGUUCUAACAGCUAGCAAAUGUAUGAACUUGAUAGAACAUCAUUUUACCUGCAGUGGGAUUGACUUUGGCUUUGGAGCAAAGCUAAUAGACUCUGAACUGAGCAAGCUUGCUGCAGAGGCAGUAUUAAAAACACUGGAUCUUAUGAGCAAACUUAAGCAGCUGGUUCCUAGCAUGGAAGUCAGUUUUUACAAAGUUCUUCAGGACCAACGUUUGGUUGCACCUUUGGCUUUUGCUUUAACAUCAGACUACAGAGAGCAAGUACAAGCGGGACUCAGAAUACUCUUUGAAGCAGCCCCAUUACCAGAUUUUCCUGCCAUAGUGCUUGGUGAAAACAUUGCAGCCAAUAAUUCUUACAGACAUCAGGAAGCAGAGCACAUACCUAAAAGGAGCCACAUGCAGGCAGCUAUGACCUGUGUUAAUUCAGUGAAAGUUUCUGUUUACCCUCCCAAUGAAGAAGCUGCAACUUUCAACAUUCAGGACCUGAUACAGAAACUUCAGUCAGGCCUAGAGAUGAAGGAAACAGUAACAGAUGUGAGGAUAUCUGAAAUAAUGGAUGUGUAUGAGCAGAAACUGUCUGCACUGGCUUCCAAAGAAACUAGAUUGCAAGACCUUUUGGAAGCAAAGGCAUUAGCACUUGCUCAGGCUGAUAGACUCAUUACCCAGUAUCGUUGUCAGCGAGCCCAAGCAGAGUCAGAGGCUAGAACCCUGGCUUCUAUGUUGAAGGAUGCCGAACGCAAAAAUGAAGAUCUUGAUGCAUUAUUGAAAGCACAGCAGGUAGAAUCUGAACGUGCCCAGAGUGAUAUCGAACAGCUCUUUCAACAUAAUAGGAAACUGCAAAGUAUAGUUGAAGAACAUGAGAUACUUAAAAGAUCUUCUAUUGACCUUCUUCAAAAGCAUGAAAGCACUGAAAGGCAAUAUAAAGACCUGCAAGUGACAUAUAAUUCAUUAAAUAAACAGCUCGAGACUGUUAAAAGGCAGAAUGAAUCUCUCAAGCAACAGAAUGACAGAACUGUAUGUCAGCUGCUAGAAGCAGAAGAGUUUGGAAAAGAAUUGCAUAAACAGCUUCAAGAUAGAGAAGGAAAAAUAUCAAGUUUGCAACAAAAGGUGAAAGUUCAGGAAGAAAAAUUGAAAGCAAGGGAGAAGGAAAAAACUGAUAUGGAAGAGACUAUAGACAUCCUUAGAAAAGAAUUAAGUAGAACUGAGCAGACAAGGAAAGAAUUGAGUAUUAAGGCAUCCUCCUGGGAAGUUCAGAAGACACAAUUGGAAGGGCGACUGGAAGAAAAGGAGGCCUUGGUUAAACUCCAGCAAGAAGAACUGAAUAAACAUUCUCAUAUGAUAGCCAUGAUACACAGCUUAAGUGGUGGUAAAUUAAGUGCAGAGACUGUUAAUCUCAGUUUAUAGAAUUUGAUUAUCUAGAACUAUGUUUCAUCCAAAAAUCCAACUAGAAUGAAUGUAGAUCUUCAGUAUUAUUAUGUAAAGGAAAUUCUGUAUGCAGUCAGUCUUGAAAAUUACUCUAGUAAAAAUCACCUUUCUUGUUGACACUGCUAUCCCACAUGUUUCGGCUGCAGCUGGGGACCUCAGCUUGAUCAGCUUUUUUAAAAUAGUUAUUUUAACAUUUGUAAAGUAGAAUCCAGGAAAAUAUACAAAGCUGCAUUUAUACUAAAAUAUAAAAUUUAAAAUAUUGUUCUACAAUAUGCACGUCAUCAAUUGUUCUAAUAGAAGUGUCACAGCCUUAUUCAUCCUCAUGUUUCCAAACUUCUAAUAACAUAUUAAUGCCUAAUUUCAGAAGCUGGAAAACACUGGUGUAUAUUUUACCCAGUUUUUAUUUUUCUGUGUUAAAUACUGUUCAGUCCUUUGCAAUGUUUCUCAGUUCUUUAGGUCUGAAUAUAUCUGGUUUAUAUGGAACUGUCAAUGCUUCCAUUUCUUUAUGUAUCAAGCUUUAUAUAGUCACUUUUGAAUUUUCAUUACAUAACUAUAUUUCCCACACAUCGGGGUAGAAAUAAUUUUAUACACUUUUGAACCACUGCCUGAAUAUUUAAUAAAUCAACUCUGCCUAAAUAUUAAAGUAAUGGACUUUGAGAACAUAUAUUUAUUUUGUCCAGAAAGGCAAAAGCAUUCCUUUAGCUAAAUUACAGUAUCUUUGUAUGUCUCCUGUGUAUUUUAAUUCAAAAAUGAAUCUAUUGGUGCUUGGAGAUACUAAAAUUCUAAAACUCUAUUACUCUAAUUUCACUAAGUACACUGAUGUUAGACUGUAACAUCAAUAAAUACCUUCGAAAUGUUCAGCUUUCCCUUUAGUUCCUGCGUCUUAAUCUUUUGUUUUAGCAGUUUGAACUUAAGUGCAGUUACAUUUUACAAAAGUUCAAACUCAGUUGCUUCAGCUCAAUAGUAGCUUUUUAACAUUUUAAUAAACUAGUAGUUAACCUUUUAAUGAAAUAGUUAUUUUCCAUAGAUGUCUCUUCAUAACCUUUUUCUAGAUACCAUUUGUCUUUGUAAAGGGAAAUAAAAAAUUUACUGCAGA